AUGGAGAUUGGACCACGGUCCCGCAGAUUGGACCAGGGUCCCGCAGAUUGGACCAAGGUCCUGGAGAUUGGACCACGGUCUUGGAGAUUGGACCACGGUCUUGGAGAUUGGACCAGGGUCCUGGAGAUUGGACCAGGGUCCUGGAGAUUGGACCAGGGUCCCGCAGAUUGGACCAGGGUCCCGCAGAUUGGACCAGGGUCCCGCAGAUUGGACCAGGGUCCCGCAGAUUGGACCAUGUGUGACUCUCUGAAUGUCAGAGACGUCCGAUCUGCCGACAUUCUGAGAUAUUAUGGAGCAGCAGGAGAAAAGCUCACCUAUCACUGCUCUUUCACCAUACCUGGAGCAGUGAAGAUCUUCUGCAGGGAAACCUGUGAAGGAUCAAACCUCCUAGUUAAAACAAGUUCUGACUCAGCUCAGGAAGGACGAUACAGAACCCAGUAUCUUAAAGAAGCUUCAAAAACAUACUCAGUGCUGUCCGUUAGCAUUACGGAGCUGACCUGGUCCGACUCAGGGCGCUACAGGUGUGGUCUGGAUGACUCUUCGUCAUCAGUUUCAUACCUGGACUUCAGACUGGUCAUCGUAGACGCCCUCCUGGAUGGGAACGCUGAUCACCACCUCUAUAAGGAACCUGGCAGCUCGCUCACAGUCGCCUGUUCCUUUAAAGGCUCUGCAAACAAAUGGCAGCUCAUCAGACGAGGAGCUGAAGGAGAAGACGUUCUGGUUCAGGCAGGUGGAGCUGAAACAGGCAGAUAUAAGGUAGAAUAUGAAGCAAGGAAAAAGUCCAGCGUUCUUCUGGUGACCAUCAAGCCGCUGAUCCAGUCUGACUCCGGACACUAUAGAUGUAAGAUAGACAGAAUGAUCCGCCCAGAUUUAUACAUAGACUUCAGCAUCACUGUCACCAAAGCGGCUGAUCCAUCAACCUCCACUCAGACAACCUCUCGGAAUUUAAGCUCCAGUUUAGGAAGUUUCACAUCUUCAGUUUCCUCAGAAACUUCCGGUCUAAGAAGGGAGAUCCAGUCGGCAUCUCACAAUGAAUCCAACCACAGUUUUGUGUUGAUGCUGCUCAGUCUGACCAUCACCGUCUUCCUGGUUUCUGUGGCUCUGAUGGUUUUCUGCAGAAUAUCGUUUAAAAAAGUGGAAACAGCUCCUGCUGUCCAAAUGGAGCAAACUGUCCCUGCUGAGGCGGCUCCAUUUUAUCAGAACCAGAGCGACGGAGAGCAGCUGUGGAGAUCCGUUGAUUCCCUCGUCUACUUAGCAUGUGAUGAAUUUCCAAGCAGCGAAGCAGCAGGAGCUGCAGGCAGCAGCUCUGAGACUGAUGAAGGAGCAGGAGAAGCUCAGACGAACAGCCAACGAGACACGCUGGAUUCUGGCCUGGAUUCGAUUUCUGGAGCUCCGGCUGACUGAAGCUGAGAACUGAAGAAAGUUGGAAAGAAACAUCUCUGCAUUUCUCUU